AUGGUUGUACUGGUCAUUUUCCAACACUCGUACGUACACAUUUCACAGCUGGUGAUUGUAGCGAGGCGCGAGGCCAAGCGGGACGAGGUGGCCGAGGAAAUCAAGUCGGCCGGUGUGGCGGUUGUGGUGGGCGGUGUCUCCAAGGAAGCGAACUGCAAGAAAAUGGUAGACGCAGCGAUGGAAAAGUUCGGCGGGCUACACGUGGCCUUCAACAACGCGGGCGUUUUCAAGGCGGUCCCUUUCGUGGGCAUCACCGUAGAUACCAUCGAGGAUCUCCCGGACAUCAUCUGA